AUGGCACUGUCCAUGGAUUUCCAUUGUGACAAAGACUCUGCAGAGGUUAUCAAAGCUGUUGAACAGGGCAAUUCCAUCCGCGAUCUCGCAAAACUGUUGUUUCUUGAUAUACCUCCCGUUUUCGUUGACCUUGUCGUAGCUGUUUGCUACAACAUAUCUUUGUUUGAUGGACACGUAGCCUUCGCAACCCUUGUUGUUGGCAUUUUAUACGUUUGCAAUGCAGUUGAAACACUGAUCAUGCUUCUGGGUUUGUUCAGCGCAUCACUUCUUGCCAUUCGAAAGAUCUCGUCUGGAGAGGCUUCCGCUGGGAGCUUUGUAACCCUUGGUACCUUCUGGGCUACGAUGACCUACCCACUUGAGAUGAUAGUAUGGUCUCAUGCUAACAUUACAUCGAUAUUUAUUGAUGCAGAACGCCUCUUGCAGUUACUCCGUACUAAACCAUCAAUUUUGAAUCUCCCGGGUUCAAAUGACCUCAUUGUGCAUUUUGGGAAGGUUGAGUUCUGCAACGUCGAGUUUUCCUACAGUUCAUCAGGGAAGAAGAUUCUCAACAGUAUCAGCUUUGAGGCAAUACCUGGCAAAAUGGUUGCCUUUGUUGGUGAGAUAGGAGCCGGAAAGUCGACGAUCCUCAAAUUACUCUGCCGUUUCUAUGAUGCAACUGGAGGAUCUAUCUCGAUUGACAAUCAAGACUUACGCAAUGUUACUCUCGACAGCAUAUGGGAUGCUCUGGGCGUUGUUCCUCAGGAUCCUUGUCUAUUCAUUCAGUCAAUCUUGGAGAAUAUUCGAUACUCAAGACCAGAUGCAACUGACGAUCAAAUUUUUGAAGCGUGCAGACGAGCCGCGAUACAUGACAAUAUCAUGUCAUUCCCUGAUGGCUACAACACUAAAGUCGGUGAAAGAGGCGUGAAACUCUCAGGUGGGGAACUUCAGCGGUUAGCAAUCGCACGAGUGCUAGUGAAGGACCCGAAGAUCGUCAUCCUUGACGAGGCUACGAGUGCCAUGGACUCUUCGACCGAGGCACGGAUCCAGAAAGCUUUUGACAUCCUUAGGCCCGGACUAACGAUGUUUGUUGUAGCUCAUCGACUGUCCACUAUUACUGACGCAGAUGUGAUUCUCUUCCUCAAGGAUGGAAAAAUUGUUGAGCAAGGUACGCAUGACGAAUAA